CCGUCGAAGCAGCAGCGCAACCUGUCAAAAUGAUUCCCACUCUUGCCCGGCUCGGCCGGUCCGUCUGGAAAGGCCCGAACAUCGUCCCUCUCCCUCUCCCCGCCAAACUCCCCCCUCCCCCGGGCACGCCGCCAAUCCGGACCCAGAAGCGCGCCGCCACCAUCCUGCCCAACUUCGUGGGGUUGAAGUUCUCAGUCCACAAUGGCAAGAAUUACCAGGAUGUGUUCAUCACUGAGGAAAUGGUAGGGCGGAAGUUGGGUGAAUAUGCGCCGACUCGCAAGCGUUUCACCUAUAAGUUGUCGAAGAACAAAUAAUUGCGUGCGUUGGGAUUGCGAGCUUCGGGAUUUGCUGCUGUGCUUGCUGCUGGUGUUUGUCUAGACGGGUUCGUGGGCUUCUCUUGGUUGCUAUCCAGAGUGGCUCUGCGUUGCUUUUCAUAGACACUCAUGCACGCGCAGUGGACGAAUCCGGAUUCGACGCAUGGAAAGAGGUUAGUCAGUCAGUCAGUCAGGAUGGGAUGGGAUGGCUUGGCGAAUAAGCUGUCUCGAGGUGUAGAAACUCGGUGGUCUCGACUCGAUUUGACUCGACUCGACUUGCUGUGUGUGAUUUUCUGUGGCGUUUCGUUAUAUCAUAUCAUUGUGUAUAUCUACAUCUUUGUCAUUGCAUGUGUAAAAUUAGUCGAUUGCGGAGUUUGAUGUUCGGGGGUUGAAAAUUAUCAAUCGC